AUUAAGUAGAUCAUGUACGAUAUCUCGAAAAUUGUUAAGUUCACAUUGUAAGCAGUCGUAAACGAUCGUAACCAUCUUAACUUAGAUAUGUUUGGUAUUGUUUUUGACUGCUAUAAAAGCUCCAGUGUUGUAUUUCAGUAUUAUAGAUACUAUUUGAUAGUGCUUUAAUGAAACAAUGACCAUGGUUAGUAGGAAACGCCACAGUACACACGAUUCUGGGCAGGAACCAAAAGCUAAGAUAGAAAAAAACAGUCCUAAGUCUAAGAAACAAAGGAAGCCUAAGAAAAGAAAUGCUGAGACCCUUAGAAAAGAUUCAAAGAGGACAAAAGCAGCUGAAAAGCCAAAUUGGCCAGAGUUCAAAAAGAAGAAGAAAGAACUAAGAAACACACGGAAGGAACAGAAGUGUACUAUUUACACUCUUAUUAAUAAAUCAAAAAAGCUGUGGGAAGAGGUUCGGAGAAAUGAUUGUCCCAUUGAACAGCGGGAAAAACUAACCUUAGAAAUACAUGGCUUAUUAAGAAACAAGCUGCACAAGGUUGUAUAUUCUCAUGACUUAUCUCGAGUAAUUCAGUGGUUACUAAAAAUUGGAACACCUGAUUUGCGAGCAGCAAUUACAGAAGAGCUUGUACCUCAUGUGCCAGCCAUGCUUCAGUCCAGAUAUGCUUGCUUCUGUGUGAAAAGAAUGUUGAAGUAUGGUUCCCAUGAGUCCAGGAAGGCCAUUAUACGUUCUCUUCACGGAAAGGUGGUGAAGCUUACAAGUCAUUCUGUCGCUGCUCCCAUUCUUGAACACACAUAUUCAACAUGGGCAAGUGCAUUCGAGAAGAGUCAGUUGCGACAGGAAUUCUACGGCGACAUGUACAAACAGGACAAGGAGAGUGAUGUGAACAGUCUUGAUGAUGUUUUCCAGAAAACACCAACCAUGAAGGAAGCUAUUCUCAGUGCUGUGAAAGCCAACAUGUCACGUAUUCUUGACAAAAAACUAACAAAAUCUUCUUUGCUACACACAGUUCUGUGUGAAUAUUUGAGACAUUGCUCAAAGGAAGACCGUGAUGAGGCUCUCUUACAGAUACAGAAUUCUCUUCUGGACUUCACCAGUACAAGGGAUGGUGCACAUGUCGCCAUAAUGUGCAUCUGGCAUGCUUCAAAUAAAGUAAAGAAAAUGAUCAUGAAGAGUUUAAAGGGACACAUGAUGGAAGUUGCCAAGUCUGAACAUGGGCAUCUGAUUCUUCUGGCUCUGUUUGAUACUGUGGAUGACACUGUUCUCCUGAAAAAGAUGCUGAUGCCUGAAGUUUUAGGAGAUUUAUGGAGUGUUGCAAGUGAUGAAUAUGGAAGGAAGGUCAUCCUAUACUUGGUAGCACAUAGAGAUCCCUUGUAUUUCCAUCCCACAGAAGUGGACAUGCUCAGAAAGGGCGCUGCACUCAGCUGUAUUAAGAAGGAUCUGGAAGUGAGAAGAUCAGAAUUGCUGGAUGCAGUGUCGGAUCCCUUAUUGGAGGCUAUUGCAAAUGAUGCAGAAACGUGGCUCAGCAACAGUUCUAUUGGAAUGGUUACACUGGCAGUUCUCAAAUCAGGAAAAGGUUCUGAGCUGCAGAAGGCUUUUGAGACCAUUGCUGAAUAUAUCUGUGAUGUGACAAAAAAAAUUUCUGAAGAGAAACAGGAAUUCUUUGUUGUGGAACAUGCUGGAACUCACCUGAUGCUGAAGAAACUUAUACAGCAUGACAAAGAGAGAUUAAGGAAUGGAGAAGUGACCUUCAGUUCUGUGCUGGUGUCGAAGCUAACAGAAGGCACACUUUUGUCAUGGAUAACUUACAACAGGGGAUGCUUCCUGUUAGUCGCUAUGAUGGAAAACAGAAUCCAGUCUGUAGUUGAUGAAACCCAAAGGAAGCUUCAGCCACUGAUUUCACAUAUAAGGAAGCAGACUUCAGUGGGAGCCAGUAUUCUGCAUAAAAGGCUCACAGCAUAAAAAGUGUUUUCAGAUUCUUUGAGAAAAAGACAUGUUGGAAAACUGGAAUUGUGCACAAGAAUAUAUAUUUUCUGUAAGUGGAUUAUCUCUGUUCGACAUAUAUAAUAAAAAUCAGUGUUAUA